AUGGCGUCUUUAUUAAGAUCUGGGCAGAGGCAUUUGUUGCUCACGAGUAGACGGUCUCGAGGAUGGCGGGGUAUUGCUUCUGUGGCAGUACCAGCUCCAGCUGUCACCGAAUAUCCUCAACAUAGCUUCCCAGAACAGGCAAUCCGAAAUCGAAGAGAUGCGAUUAAGGACGCCAAACCUUUCUCCUCUUUCCUUACCGAUACGUACGAUCGACAGCACAACUACCUCCGAAUAUCCUUGACAGAGAAAUGCAACCUUCGAUGUUUAUAUUGUAUGCCGGAAGAAGGUGUACCUCAAUCCCCACCCCGAGAACUCCUCACUACUCCCGAGAUAUACCUUCUGUCGUCCGUCUUCGUUCGAGAAGGUGUAACAAAAAUACGCUUGACUGGUGGCGAGCCGACUAUACGAAAGGAUAUUCUUCCUCUCAUGCAUCAGAUUGGAUCUCUGCGGACACAUGGUUUGAAAGAGCUAUGCAUCACAACAAAUGGCAUUUCAUUGCAUCGAAAACUGGAUAGCAUGGCGGAGGCAGGAUUGACGGGUGUAAAUUUGAGCCUGGAUACUCUGGACCCAUGGCAGUUCCAGAUCAUGACGAGAAGAAAAGGAUUCGAAGCGGUUAUGAAAAGCAUCAACCGGAUCUUGGAGAUGAACAAGCUUGGUGCUGGCAUUAAGCUGAAAAUCAAUUGUGUUGUUAUGCGAGGGAUGAACGAGCGAGAGAUACUGCCAUUUGUCGAGCUGGGACGGGAACAAGAUCUGGAAGUGCGAUUUAUUGAAUAUAUGCCAUUUGAUGGGAACAAAUGGAGUAAGGGUAAAAUGCUGGGAUACAAGGAAAUGCUGGAUAUGAUCAGAGUCAAAUAUCCAUCCUUGCGAAAGGUACAGGAUCAUAAGAACGAUACCAGUAAGACCUACGAAAUUCCUGGCUUUGUUGGGAGAAUGGGUUUCAUCACGAGCAUGACGCACAAUUUCUGUGGCUCUUGCAAUAGGUUGCGUAUCACCAACGACGGGAAUUUGAAAGUCUGCUUGUUUGGCAACGCCGAGGUUUCACUUCGAGAUAUCAUUCGAAAGACCAAUGGCGGUGAUCCCAUCGACGAGCAAGCUUACGAAGCUAUGAAACAGAUUGAGAUGGACCGACAGCAAGGUUUGGUGUCUUCAAACGUGCCCCUCGGUCGCUACGAGCAUGAGAAGGAAUUGCUCGAUGUCAUUGGGCUGGCAGUGAGUCGGAAAAAGGAAAAGCAUGCAGGAAUGGGAGAGCUUGAGAAUAUGAAAAACAGGCCAAUGAUUUUAAUAGGUGGGUAG